UUUACUUCCAAGAAGAUGGUAGAAAGAGACGACACAGCAAAAGGUAUAGAGAAAGCGAGGAUUCCUCUGUUGAGGGAUCAAUAUGCGGCGAAGGAGGAAGACAUAGAAAUAAAGAGAGAGAUAUGGUUGGAGACCAAGAAGCUAUGGCGUAUAGUUGGACCGGCCAUAUUCUCCAGAGUCUCGACCUACUCGAUCUUGGUCAUCACUCAGGCCUUUGCGGGCCACCUUGGCGAGCUUGAACUUGCCGCCAUCUCCAUCGUCAACAACGUCAUCAUCGGCUUUAACCUAGGACUCCUCCUUGGAAUGGCGAGUGCGUUGGAAACGUUGUGCGGUCAAGCGUUUGGAGCUAAGAAGUAUGACAUGUUGGGAGUUUAUCUGCAGCGAUCUUGGAUUGUUCUCUUCCUAUUCUCCAUCUUUCUCCUUCCUAUGUACUUAUUUGCGUCUCCGAUUCUUAAGUUCUUUGGCCAGCCUGAUGACAUUGCCGAGCUCUCUGGUGUCAUCGCCGUUUGGGCCAUUCCUACACAUUUCGCGUUUGCCUUCUAUUUCCCUCUCAGCCGCUUCUUCCAAUGCCAGCUCAAGAAUAGGGUGGUUGCAGUUGUGUCUGGAGUGGCACUCAUAGUUCACAUAUUUGUGUGCUGGCUUUUCGUGUACGGUCUUAAACUUGGAGUCAAAGGGACCAUGGCUACUAUUAACGUGUCAUGGUGGCUCACUGUCUUCAUGUUAUUUACUUACGCCACGUGCGGCGGUUGUCCACUCACUUGGACCGGUUUCUCCAUCGAAGCUUUCACUAGACUAUGGGAAUUUGCUAAGCUAUCCACAUCCUCCGGAGUCAUGCUUUGCUUGGAGUAUUGGUAUUACAGGAUUUUAAUCGUAAUGACUGGGAAUCUAGAGGAUACAAAAAUUGCUGUCGACUCUUUGUCUAUAUGCAUGUCGGUAAAUGGGUUGGAAAUGAUGAUUCCACUUGCUUUCUUUGCCGGGACCGGCGUACGAGUGGCUAAUGAACUAGGAGCAGGCAGCGGGAAAAGAGCAAGAUUUGCAAUGAUCACAUCCGUGACACAAUCAUUAAUCAUGGGAAUAAUACUUUCAGUUCUUGUAGUAUUUUUUCAUAAUCAAAUAGGCUGGAUUUUCUCUUCAAGCGAAACUGUCAUAAAAGCAGUCAAUGAUCUCUCUAUUCUUUUAGCCUUUACCAUUCUUCUCAACAGUAUCCAACCGGUUCUUUCUGGUGUUGCGGUAGGUUCGGGUUGGCAAUCAUUUGUGGCAUAUAUAAACCUAGGAUGCUAUUAUUUCAUUGGACUUCCACUCGGAUUUGUCAUGGGCUGGAUUUUCAAGUCUGGUGUCAAGGGCAUUUGGGCUGGUAUGAUAUUCGGAGGCACCGCCAUUCAAACAUUGAUUUUGAUUUUUAUUGUUAUGAGAUGUGACUGGGAGAAAGAGGCACAAACAGCAAGUAUGCGCGUUCAAAAUUGGUCUGACUCGGAAGCAACCAAAAAGAGUAAAGAGGCCCCCAGAUAGAGUGACUAGACAUUACGUAGGGGGAAUCAGUAAGCGGCACUUGCAUUUCUCUGUUUUUAGGUUUUACAUAUGCAUCGUCUCAUACAUGAAGAUUUCUUUGAGGCAACACCCAUCAUUCGUUUUAUUGAAUGAAAUGCAGCGUUGAAAUAAUCAUUUCAAUCACAUUUAUAAAUGACAAAUAUGAC